AUGUCGCAAAAGCAUUCUGAGAAUCUUGUUGUCAGUGAAAUAAAAGACUUCCAGCGGUUUCGCCAUAUCCACUGGCGAGCACCAACUAUUAUGGGCGUUGGUUUUCUGGGCGGCGUUAUUCUCAUGGCAGCCCACCACGCCCUCUACCAGAGCCUGGGCGGGAACCCUCCGGAUAGCGCUCUGCUGCAGCUAUGGGCGAUUCGUGCAGGCACAGCGCUAGCCUUCCUGUCCAAGCUGUGUCUAGCGAUCGCGACGGGAGUUGCGUAUGAUCACAUUGUCAAGAGCACUGGAGCACAAUUCGUCACGGCCUCGUUGAAGCUCGAGGCUUGGAUGCCUGCCCUCCGCUCAAUGCAGGGUACGCCACAAGACACGCGUGUCCGUCAACAGAUGAAUAUGCAAGCCGUCAUGGAAUCCUUUGUCAUGAUGAUCGGUGGGCCCAUCACAUACUCCAGAGACAUCUCUUUCCCGACGAUCAACUCUGUCUACGCUCUUGGGAUGAACCAGGCCUUAUUCCCCGCGCAGCCAGGCCUGGACCAAACGGCCCUGACGCUCCGUCAAGCCAGACAGAAUGAGAUGCUGUUUCAGAACAUUACGCUGAGUAUGCGGUACCGCGUUGUCUCGGGGUCCACUGGGAACGACCAAACGACAGCCACGGCGCUGCGCCAAAGGUUCGAAUCACAGUUCGUCUACGACCCGCGAGCGCUCCUCGCGGCGUAUGGGCUGGGCGCAUUCUUCGCCCUGGCCUGUGUCCUGCUGGGCGUGCACGCGCUGCUCCACAACGGCGCCUCGUACACCAGCUCCUUUUCCACCAUCGUCAGAGUCACCCGCGACCCGGCUCUCUCGAGACUGAUCGCCGACGAGGGCGAUCUUCAAGGCGCCGAGCCCGUGCCGAAACAUAUUCGCAGAGCGGAGGUGCGGCUGGGGAGGAGCGCGAGGUCGGUCACGACGGCGCCGAGUUACUCGUCUAGCUGGAUUUGA